AUGUAAUUCAACUAUAACUAAGCUUUUGAGGAUUAAUUGCUAAAUUUAAUAACUUAGGAAGUACCAAAUACUUUAAAUGAAUCUUUAGAAGCAUUGGCAAAAGCUAUAAAGAUGAGUAAAUUAAAAGGAACUCUAUAUCCUUUUGGAUCAUUUUGUAAUGGAUUUGGAAGUGAGACAAAGGAUUUAGAUUGUGUAUUUUUAACACCUUGUGAUGAUAAACCUUCAAGUUUAUUUAGAUAAAUUCUAAAUGGGAUAAGAGCCUAUAAUUAGGAAAAUCUAUAGCCUAUAUUAUAAGUAAAGGCAAAUAUAAAUCAAGCAAAGGUAUGAGAUAAUAUAGUAAUAAAAGGUACCAAUUCUUAAAAUGGUUGAUAUAACUAAUAAUGUAGAUAUUGACUUAAGUGUUAAUAAUAUAAAUGGAAUUGCUAAUUCAAAAUUAUUGUAUGAAUAUUCCUAACUUCAUCCAAAAAUAAAAUAAACAGGAUUAUUAUUAAAGCUGUGGGGCAAAAGAAAUAGAUUAAUCAAAACUGGUUCUUUAUCAUCUUAUAGUAUGAUCCUCUUUUUGAUACACUUUUUAUAAAUUAAAUAUAAAGUGCCUUAUUUAUCUGAUUUUAAACUAACUUCAUAACAUUUAAAGAAUCUAGAACAUUUAGAAAAUAAUCCUUAUUUUUAGAUAGGUUUAAAGGUUGAUUUACCUGAACUUACUUAAGCAUCUUUGCAAUAAAUAUUGUUUGAAUUCUUCUUAUAUUAUUAACCAUAAGGUGAAUUUGAAUAAAAAAAUAUAUAUAUAUCAAUAAAUAGUUAACCUUUAAAUAAAAUUCAGAAUAAUUUUAUAUUAAAAAUUUAAGAUCCAAUUAAUUUCAGAUAGGAUCCAAGUAAAAGAUUUGAAAAUUAAUGCUUGUAAUUUUAGAAAGCUUUUGAGAAAGCUAAAAAUAUGAUUUAAAAACAUGAUAUAAGCACAUUCAAUAAUAUUGAUAAAGCAGAAGAGGAUAAAAUUAAAAAGCAUAAUAAAAUAGUUAAGCAAUUUAAAUAAAACUGA